AUGACUUCAGAAAAAAAUCAUUCAUAUAUAACACAUAUAAUUGUUCCAUUAAAUGAAGAUUACAGAAUAUGGUUACACAUCAAAAACCUUACACUUCAGUCCAUGUCUAAUAAUAAGAUAACAAUUUUCGAAGAAGCACAUUCCGUUACUCAAUUUCAAAAUAAUACAGUUUUGAAAAUUCCUCCUGGUUUGUAUACACUGACGAUACAUUAUACGGAUAAAAAACAACAGCCAAUAUCAAGGAGAGUCUUAAAUCUUGAAACUAAUCAUAUUUACACAUAUAGAAAUGAAUAUGAUAGUAAAAUAAAUUCUAAAUUACAAUCAAAUACAGUUGAAAAGACUUAUGUUUUAAGUAAAGAGUGGUUAUUACCUCAGUUUAUUUGUAUGACAUUCGGCGAAACACUGUUUACCAUGACUGGAUUAUCAUUUUCUUUCUCGGAAACUCCCGAAUCGAUGAAAACUGUGUCAAUAUCUAUGUGGUAUUUUUGCGUGGCUCUUGGGAAUUUAAUUGUCAUUUUUAUCAACAAAUUUGUAGCGUUUGAAAAGAAAUCCAACAUGUUUUUUAUGUUCGCUUCCAUUGCACUCUUAACGAUAUUCGGCACCUGCAAAUGGAGUAACACGUACGAAAAAUUAUAUUACAAAAAUAAAGCAGAUACAGGAAAUGAGAACGAUAGAGAUAAUGUUAAUUUAGUGAUGUUAUUAAAAAAGGAGAGUUAUCAACUAUCGUUUUGA